GACAUUCGUUGCCAGGUUUGUCUGUCACGCGGCAGAUAAGCUCAUUGGUCAACGGCUCCUGUCCGUGCGUUUUCCUGAACUUUAACCCGGCCAACAGAUCGAUGCAGAGAUGGGCUUGGCGUGUACGUCAACGUAAGCCGUACUCCCACUGGUUAAAGCCGCUCACACCUACUUUUCAGCCCUCGAAUCCAAGUUUGAAGGUGAAACUCGUCUCACAUCCUGUUAGCUAGCUCACUCGGUGACCGUUAACUGCUGCUCAGUCAGAAAAAGCAGAAAAAACGCCAUGUCGGUGUUCCGUGAUGUCCAACAAGCAGCCCCGGUUGCGGUCUUCAAGCUAACCCAGGACUUUAACAACGACCCGUUUCCCAAUAAGGUGAACCUCGGGGUUGGAGCUUACAGGACAGAUGAAGGCAAACCCUGGGUUUUGCCGGUGGUUAAAAAGGUGGAGAAGCUCAUUGUGCACGAUGACAGACUAAACCACGAAUAUUUGCCCAUCCUGGGCUUGCCCGAGUUCAGAUCGUCUGCUUCCAAGAUCGCGCUUGGAGAUGACAGUCCUGCCAUCCGGGAGGACAGGGUGGGGGCUGUCCAGUGUCUGGGGGGUACCGGCGCUUUGAAGAUGGGUGCAGAGUUCCUCAGGCGAUUCUAUAAUGGAAACAAUAACACAAAAACACCCAUCUACGUCUCAGCACCGACUUGGGAAAAUCACAACGGUGUUUUCAACAACGCCGGCUUUGAGGAUGUUCGUCCAUACAAGUACUGGGAUGCGGAAAAAAGAGGUCUAGACUUGGCUGGUUUCCUCAGUGAUUUAGAAAGUUGUCCAGAACGCUCCAUCUUCGUCCUGCACGCCUGUGCCCAUAAUCCGACAGGAACAGACCCAACGCAAGAGCAAUGGAAGAAAAUCGCUGAAGUUAUGAUGAGGAGGAAGCUGUUUCCGUUCUUUGACUCGGCCUAUCAGGGAUUCGCCUCAGGGAACCUGGAGAAGGACGCAUGGGCCGUCCGCUACUUCGUCUCCAAAGGCUUCGAGAUGUUCUGCGCUCAGUCAUUCUCCAAGAACUUUGGCCUCUAUAAUGAGCGUGUGGGCAACCUGACCAUCGUAGCUCGCGACUCAGACAACCUAAAGAGGGUUCUCUCUCAGAUGGAGAAGAUCGUCCGGAUCACUUGGUCCAACCCGCCGUCUCAAGGAGCGCGCGUAGUUUCCCUCACCCUCACCUCGCCUGACCUCUUCUCUGAAUGGAAGGACAAUGUCAAGACCAUGGCUGACAGGGUCUUGCUGAUGAGGGCUCAGCUUCGAGCCAAACUUGAAGUUCUGGGCACACCAGGGACCUGGAACCACAUCACAGACCAGAUUGGCAUGUUUAGCUUCACAGGCUUGAACCCCAAACAAGUGGAGUACAUGAUAAAAGAGAAACACGUCUAUCUGAUGGCCAGCGGACGUAUCAACAUGUGCGGCCUGACCAGCAAGAACAUCAACUAUGUAGCUGAGUCCAUCCACGAGGCCGUCACCAAGGUGCAGUGAGCAGAGCUCCCACGCUCCGUUCUGCACGGGUACCAGCUGCUCCCGUCACAGGAACGGCGUUUCCACAACAGUUUAUUGCACAAUGAAUGCAGUUCUGGUUUGCACAGAUACUAAGACAGCUCAGAUACUAAGACAGCUCAGCCCCCAGUUUGUGCUGUUUUACAGGGAUUGUGCUAUGCAACUGAACAUUCCUAAGAUUCCUGUUGAUGAUGUUGUAUUUAUGUUCCUAAUUUUUGAUUUUUUUUUUUGUCUUUUAUUGCUCAUACGUUAGUUUGUAAUUACAGGAACCUUAGUGGAGGCUUAUAACUAUGUAAUUACCUCAAAGAGUCAAAAAAAUAUUAUAUUUUCAUAAAUAGAACAUUCCGUUUCCAGUUCAGGCAGCAGUAUCAGGACCAAAGUGACUGAAGCAUUUGUUCUUAAAAGCCCACACAUGCUCAGAUCAGUUAAUGAAUGUACUUUUUCAGGAAAACUCAAGUGUAGAUAAACUCUUCUGUGAUAGCUUGAACUGUAACGACACCUGUGUCAUUACUUCAGAUCAACCUGUGCUCUCCAUGAAUCUGGUUCUGACAGGUAGCAGCUGGUUACUGUUGACUGGUACUAUUAGGCAAGACUUCUGCAAUACAAGCAUGGUAAUGAUCAACCCACCUGUUAUCAUAUCUCCUUAUGGACAGUAAAGCGAUAAAGAAGACUUUUAGGAGACACACUGACAUGAAUGAAUGAUUUAUUUCAAUAAAGAUAAAUAAAUGUUUUCCUGCAUUGAUGAA